CUUUUCUUGACAUCCCACUUCCGCUAAAAGCAGCCCAUCGACACGGCAGUUUGCCGGAGAAGACAGCACAAUAUAAAGUUUUUUUUUUUAAACUUUCAACUGAAACUAAAGCACAGAGAUCAUGAAGUGGUUAUCAGAUGAUCGCCGAAAGAAGGAGCCAGAAGUUUAUGACAAUGUGGUGGAAGGACUUAAAAAGAUAUACAAGGGAAAGCUACUGCCGUUGGAAGAAACGUACAAAUUUCACGACUUCCAUUCUCCACCCCUUGAUGAUCCAGAUUUUGAUGCGAAGCCCAUGAUUCUUCUUAUCGGUCAGUAUUCCACAGGAAAAACUACAUUUAUUAGAUAUCUCUUAGAACAGGACUUUCCCGGAAUCAGAAUCGGACCAGAACCAACGACAGAUCGUUUUAUUGCAGUAAUGCACAACAGCCAAGAGGGUGUCAUUCCUGGAAAUGCUCUUGUGGUAGACCCGAAGAAGCAGUUUCGGCCUUUGUCAAAGUUUGGCAAUGCCUUUCUCAAUAGAUUCCAGUGUUCGCAGCUAAACAACCCAGUUUUAAACAGUAUAACUAUUGUAGAUACUCCAGGUAUCUUGUCAGGAGAGAAACAGCGUAUCGACAGGGGCUACGAUUUCACAGGGGUGUUGGAAUGGUUUGCCGAGCGUGUCGAUAGGAUCAUCUUGCUCUUUGAUGCUCACAAACUGGAUAUCUCUGACGAGUUUCGAAGAGCUAUUGAGGCCAUCAAAGGUUACGAUGACAAGAUCCGCAUUGUACUCAACAAGGCAGACAUGGUGGAUCACCAGCAAUUGAUGCGAGUUUAUGGUGCCCUGAUGUGGUCGUUGGGUAAGGUACUGAGCACACCUGAAGUUGCACGAGUGUAUAUAGGUUCUUUCUGGGACCAACCCUUACAGUUUGACAUGAACAGGCGACUCUUUGAACUGGAAGAGAAAGACCUUUUCCGAGAUUUACAGAGUUUGCCAAGGAACGCUGCUUUGCGCAAGUUGAAUGACCUCAUCAAGCGAGCAAGGUUGGCCAAGGUACAUGCAUACAUCAUCAGCUACCUGAAGAAAGAGAUGCCAUCCAUGUUUGGAAAGGAUACCAAGAAGAAGGAGCUUAUUUCCAAACUGGGUGACAUCUACACGGCAAUCCAGCGGGAGCACCAGAUCUCCCCAGGUGAUUUUCCAAACUUGAAGCGUAUGCAGGAGCAGCUUGCUUUUCAUGACUUCACCAAAUUUCACCAGCUAAAACCCAAGCUUCUGGAGAGCGUAGAUCAGAUGCUGGCCAAUGACAUCGCACGUCUGAUGCAGAUGAUCCCUCAUGAGGAAGCAGAAAUGAUGCAGAACAACGCCACCGUUCAUGGUGGGGCUUUCGAGGGGUACACGGAAUCCCCUUUUGGCAUAGGCCGGGGAGAAGGUGUGGAUGCAGGGCGUGGAGAGCACGAGUGGGUGGUUUCUCAUGAAAAAUAUGAAUAUGAUGAAGUUUUCAACAAGCUGAACCCUGUCAAUGGCAAGAUAACUGGUGCUGCUGCCAAAUCUGAAAUGGUCAAGUCCAAGUUGCCCAACUCUGUGUUAAGCAAGGUGUGGAAGCUGGCUGAUAUUGAUCAUGAUGGCAUGCUGGAUGCUGAUGAGUGGGCACUAGCAAACCACCUGAUCCGCAUCAAGCUGGAUGGCCAUGAUCUUCCCUCUGACCUACCUGACCAUCUUAUACCACCCUCUAAACGAGAUGAUAUGUCUUAACACAAAUGGAACAAAGGAGCCAAGAUAUUUCAUUUCUUUUGUAAUAUUGUUUCAGGAAAAGGAUUUUUUUUAAAGGAAAAAUAAAACUCAUGGAGAAGGAAGGAAAAAAUACUUAAUUAAUCUUUAAGGGAUAUUAACUGCAGACAUUAAUGAAUUUUUUGUUAAAUAGAUUUUGGACUGAAAGGUCGGUGGUUGGAUAGUGGUGUCUGCAGUAUUUUUGCUUCACUUAAAAGUUUACAGGUCAUUUUAAGUUUGUAAUUAUGCUGAAAGGCAAUCAUGAUCCAUCAUAAUUAAUUUGCUUAUUUUUGUAAACUCAUAAGAACCCAUUUUAAAAAGGGUUUGGAAGAGGAGUCAUAGCACCUGUUAAACAUCUUUUUUCCAGUAAACCUUAUGUUUGUAUAAAUGACUUCAGUAUUUGUAUUGUGCUUCAGCAGUUUAAUUUUUUAGCUGACUCAAAAAAACAGCAAUAAUAUCAUUAGUUUUAGGGGUCAUCAUUCAAGAUUUUGGAUGAUGGUUUUUAAGUACUGUAUUCAGUUUUUAAAAAAAAGUACAAUUUUCUUUCAUAUUAAUUACAAAUGCUAUUAACAGUAGUUAAAUAUGGUACUAAAUCAAUAAUUUUUUUUAUGUUGGCUUCAUCGCUUUUGAGAAUUUUCCAUCAUCAUUCAUUUUUCAUGAUGACCAUUUCAAUUCUUUUUGAAAAUUUGUGAAAAAAAAUUGCAUGUUUAUUAUAGGAGAUUAAGCAGUAUUUAUAAAGGAAACUGGUUUCUGCCCAUCUUGAUUUUUGGAUAAAUGUAAUCCCAGCUGCUGUUGCUGAAGACAAGGGCAGUGUUGUGAAUAUUCUUUCAAUACUAUCAGUGUACUUUUCACCGUGGUUCUGCCUCAACUUCCUAAAGUUUACCAAUUGCAUUAGAAACAAUCAUUAUUUUUAUUUGUGAAGGAAUUAGGUGUAGGAAGCAAAGAACAGGAAAAGAGGUUUUUAUUUAACAGAUGAAUGAGCGUGUAUAAAGAACUUUUUUGGUUUUAUUUUGCAAGCAGCAGGGACUUUGCAAUGUAAAGGUUUAAUCAUAAUCAUUAUGUAGUUGCUUGUUGUUGGCUGUAUGUGCUUUCUAAAAAUGUUAACAAGGCAGGCAGCAAGAAGAAAGUUUUGUUGAAUUACUGUAGAUAUGUUGCAUUCACAAUAGGCUUUAAAACUCAGAUUAGAUCUUGUCUUGACCCCUGUUGCAAGAUAUGUGUAUAAGUAGGACACCCUCUCUCCACUUCAUUUUUGUAAACAAAUGUAUUAUAAAUGUUCUCAUUCUUAGCAAUGUUAUGGUAUUACAGAACAACAGAUGAAUUUUCCUACAGCAGUUUUUCAUCAUAGAAAAUGGUCCAAACAAGGCAUAAUGCAAAAAGAUUAAGAGAUUUUGAUUUUUUUCUUUUUGAACAAGACAUAAUCUUCAGAUAAACAUUUCUACAGUAAAAUGACAUCGUACUACUAAUAGUGAAGAGUAAAUAUAUAACAGUCUAUUCUGUUAUUUAGCAAGCUAUGUGGUAUUUGUACAGCUUAUCUAGACCCAAGAUUAUUCCAAGCACAUAGUGUCUGAAGGCUCAGAUUGCUGCAAUUUUAUUUUUUGUAGCAACUGUUUAUAGUGUAAAUUUCUAUGUAUAUUUAUGAUUUAAAUAAUAAAUAAAAGAUGCCUUUGGGGACAAAAUUAAUUUUACACUUAUUGUUUCCUAUUAAUUUUUUUAUUUCCAUGAGUGUAAUUACAGAUGAUGUUUUCACCUUUCCUGUCAUGAUCAGUAAGGCCAAAAACACUUUUCUGUGGGUGUUUAAAAAGGUAAAAUAUUUUGAGGAAAAUGGGUUGUCAACAUUAUUUUCAGCACUGUUAUGUACUGCAGCACUGACUUUGACUUGACUGAGAAAUGUACAUACGUAAAAUUUGUGUAAUUUUUUUUUCUUGAAUAAAUGAAAUAAAAUCUUGUUAUUGUACACUUUGACUCAGUCCAUUACAUCUGAACCGUCUUCAUGUACUGAACCAUCAGUCUUUGUUGUGGCUUGCUGUGCCUUGGUUUUGGAACAGAAGGGGUUCACUUUUUGGAGUAAUUCAAGUAGUUAUAGCUAUGUAUAUGCGGUUGUUUGAAAAAGCUAUUAGCAGUGUAUAUAGUAAUGUAUAUUAACCCAUGAUUCAUCUCUGGUCUUUGCCUCAUACUGUUACAUACUUUGCACUUCAAAAGCUUUGCCUCUCGUCUUUCUCAAACGAAAAUGUACCUAAUAUUAUAGCAUCAGUUUUAUUUACAACUGUAUAUUAAUUGCCGUUGGUGGCAUCCUGAUAAUUGUGAAUAACAUGUAGAUGUUUGCACUUUCAAUCCAAGAAAGCUAAUUUUAAAUGUAUCCUAUAUUGAUAUUUCAGGUUUUUUUGCUUGUUGUCUUUUGGGGAUAUUAGUAGAUCUGACACUGAUUACCUUCUGCCUGUAUUCUUAGUGCAAGAUCAGAUGUAAGUCUUCACAAUGGAUUCUGUUGUUUUUAACCCCAUGAUGUACUCAGUCUGCAUGCAUCAUCAUCUUUGUCAGACAUUUCUACAUGGUUUUCCUUUUCCCAAAAUGACAUCAACACAUGAAUAAAGUGACCUAGUUUAAAGAAAAGUUUAUGUUAUUUCUUAUUAGCUAUACAAAAUUUACUAGAACAUGUUUUAUGUUAAUCUUCUUCAGAGAACAAGUGACUUAGGCUGAAGCAUAACAUGUUGUCUAAUUCUUGAUCAAGUACCAUCAAUUCUUGCAACCAAAAAAAAAAAAAAAA